AUGAACGUUAAUACUAACACCGUUAAGAAAACUCAAGGGCGUAGGAAAAUUGCAAUCAAACCAAUUGACAAUCGAAACAGUAGACAUGUUACUUUCUCAAAACGACGUUUAGGUCUUUUCAAAAAAACUAGUGAACUUUGCAUAUUAACUGGUGCAAAAAUUGUUGUUCUGGUUCAGUCGUUAAAGCGCCAGCGUGUUUUCACUUUCGGUCAUCCUAGUGCUGAUGCUGUCAUUGAUCUUUACCUCACUGGAAAAUCAUCAUCUUCGUCAUUAUUGUCAUCAUUGAGCAUUGAUGAAUUCAACUUGCAACGAAAUAACCAUUAUUAUUCUGAGAUGUGUAAAGAUUUGGAAGAGGAGAAGAAAAAGAAGAAGGAGGAGAAUAUUGAAGAAGAGAAGUUGGUGAAUAUUGAUAGUAAUAAUAGUGAUAAUAAUGUGGGAUGUUGGUGGUAUGAACCAAUUGAUACUAAGGGUAUUGAUGAACUUGAAGAAUUUAUGGUUGCAUUGGAAAAAUGGAAGAAGAAUUUAUAUUUUCUUUUUUUUGUUCAUGAAGUAGUAGUUAGGAAAAAGGUUGGAUCACAAGAGUCUAUUGUACAUACGCAAUCUUACCUUACAUUUUUCCAGAUGUUGUUUCCACGACUUUGA